AUGGAAACCGGGAGCCCCAGGAAGAUACAGUUCACCGUCCCCCUCCUGGACCCCCACCUGGACCCAGAGGCAUCUGAACAGAUCAGACGACGCAGACCCACUCCUGCUACGUUAGUGGCAUCCAGCGAUCAGUCCUCACCUGAAAUAGAUGAAGAUCGUCUCCCAAACCAGCUGUACAAGGCCGCCUUGUUGAACUCCCCUCGACAAAGACGAAAAGGGCAAAAGGGAAAUCCGACGAUGAAAGAGCUGCAAUUCAUGGUGGAGCACCACCUGUACAGGCAGUCGCAGGGAGCCGGAGACGAGUGCUCCUCGGAGAGCUGCCUAUCAGACCGGCCCAGUCCCGACUCCAUGCCCGCCGAGGAGGAGCUCCCGCACGACAACGACUCCACUUCGGAGGCCUUUGAGAAACUGCGCUGCCAAAUGGAGGAAUUCUCCAGGGAGAGUCUAUUAGAGGCUGCAGGUGGAGUCGAGUGCCCCCUCUCCAUGGAAAAAGAGGAUUGUUCCAGCGUGGCCAGUGUAGUAGAUCCCUCAUCGCAACAAAACAACGCACAAGCAGGAACAAAAGCUGCAGAAUCCAGCGCUAGUCAGCCGACUGAGGAAAAGACAAAGAAAUGCAGCCUGGAGAAAGAAAAAUAG